UGUGAGCCCGGCUGCCGAACUGGAGAGUCUCGGAGCGUCUCCGCCGCAUGGAGGACCCCGCGGCGCCCGGGGCUGCCAGCCCGCCCGCCAACGGCAAUGGCAACGGCAACGGCAAUGGCAACGGCAACGGGAAAGGGAAACCAGCGGCGCCCAAGGGCCGGGAUGCGUUCCGGGACCAGCGGCGGGAGUCGGAGGGUUCUGUGGACUGCCCUACUCUGGAGUUUGAAUAUGGAGAUGCAGAUGGGCAUGCAGCAGAAUUAUCAGAGUUGUAUAGUUACACAGAGAACCUGGAAUUUACCACUAACAGAAGGUGCUUUGAAGAAGAUUUUAAGACUCAAGUGCAAGACAGGGAGUGGCUGGAGUUGGAGGAGGAUGCUCAAAAGGCCUAUGUGAUGGGGCUUCUUAACCGGCUAGAAGUGAUCAGCAGAGAGAAACGACUCAAGAUGGCCCGGGCUGUUCUCUAUCUAGCCCAAGGCACUUUUGGGGAAUGUGAUUCAGAGGUUGAUGUGCUUCACUGGUCCAGAUACAACUGCUUCCUGCUCUAUCAGAUGGGAACCUUCUCAGCCUUCCUUGAGCUACUCCACAUGGAAAUCGACAACAGCCAGGCCUGUAGUAGCGCUGUUCGGAAGCCAGCCAUCUCCAUUGCGGAUAGCACAGAGCUCCGGGUGCUGCUGAGUGUCAUGUACCUCAUGGUGGAGAACAUACGCCUGGAAAGACAGACUGACUCCUGCAUGUGGAGGACUGCCCGGGAGACCUUCCGCACUGAACUGAGCUUUUCUAUGCAUCAUGAGGAGCCUUUUGCCCUUCUGCUCUUCUCCAUGGUGACCAAGUUCUGCAGUGGCCUGGCCCCCCAUUUCCCCAUAAAGAAGGUUCUGCUUUUGCUCUGGAAAGUGGUCAUGUUUACCCUUGGGGGGUUUGAGCACUUGCAGGCUCUCAAAGUGAAGAAGCGGGCAGAGCUGGGCCUGCCUCCACUGGCUGAAGAUAGUAUCCAGGUGGUGAAGAGCAUGCGGGCUGCCUCCCCACCCUCCUACACACUUGACCUGGGAGAAUCUCAGCUGGCACCACCACCCCCAUCCAAGCUCCGAGGUCGCCGCGGUUCUCGAAGGCAACUCCUCACUAAGCAGGACAGCCUGGAUAUCUACAAUGAGAGAGACCUCUUUAAGGCAGAGGAACCAGCCCCAGAGGAGGAAGAGGAGUCCACUGGUGAUGGAGAGCGAACCUUAGACGGAGAGUUAGAUCUACUAGAGCAGGACCCGUUGGUGCCCCCUCCACAGUCACAGGCUCCCCUUUCUGCGGAACGAGUGGCCUUUCCUAAAGGCCUACCCUGGACUCCGAAGGUCAGACAGAAGGACAUUGAACACUUCUUGGAGAUGAGCAGAAACAAAUUUAUUGGAUUCUCACUGGGACAGGACACAGAUACCCUGGUUGGGUUACCGAGGCCUAUUCAUGAGAGUGUGAAGACCCUAAAGCAGCACAAGUACAUCUCCAUCGCAGAUGUUCAGAUCAAGAAUGAGGAGGAGCUGGAGAAGUGCCCCAUGUCUCUGGGGGAAGAGGUGGUGCCAGAGACACCAUGUGAAAUCCUCUACCAGGGCAUGCUGUACAGCCUCCCUCAGUACAUGAUUGCUUUGCUUAAGAUCCUGCUGGCUGCAGCCCCUACCUCCAAGGCUAAGACAGACUCCAUCAACAUCCUGGCGGAUGUCCUGCCGGAGGAGAUGCCGAUUACCGUUCUCCAGAGCAUGAAGCUGGGCAUCGACGUGAACAGGCACAAGGAAAUCAUCGUAAAGAGUAUCUCGGCCUUACUCCUGCUUCUCCUCAAACACUUCAAACUGAAUCAUAUCUAUCAGUUUGAAUAUGUGUCACAACAUCUGGUAUUUGCCAACUGCAUUCCACUGAUCUUGAAGUUCUUCAAUCAAAAUAUCUUGUCCUACAUCACAGCCAAGAACAGCAUCUCGGUCCUGGAUUACCCUGGCUGUACCAUCCAGGAUCUGCCAGAGCUGACUACAGAGAGUCUGGAGUCUGGAGAUAAUACCCAGUUCUGCUGGAGGAACCUCUUCUCCUGCAUCAACCUGCUGAGGCUGCUCAAUAAACUGACCAAGUGGAAGCAUUCCAGAACCAUGAUGCUGGUGGUGUUCAAAUCAGCUCCCAUCUUAAAGCGGGCCCUGAAGGUCAAGCAGGCCAUGCUACAACUUUAUAUCCUGAAGCUGCUAAAGAUACAGACCAAGUACCUGGGGCGCCAGUGGCGGAAAAGCAACAUGAAAACCAUGUCAGCCAUUUACCAGAAAGUACGGCACCGCAUGAACGAUGAUUGGGCCUAUGGGAACGAUAUUGAUGCUAGGCCUUGGGAUUUUCAAGCAGAAGAAUGUACCCUGCGGGCGAACAUUGAAGCUUUUAAUAGCCGCCGGUAUGACCGACCCCAAGACUCUGAAUUUUCACCUGUGGAUAACUGCUUGCAGAGUGUCCUGGGACAAAAAUUGGAUCUGCCAGAAGAUUUCCACUAUUCCUAUGAGCUCUGGCUGGAGAGAGAGGUGUUUUCACAACCCAUCUGCUGGGAGGAGCUGCUCCAGAAUCAUUGAUCUCUUAUCAACAACACAAUCUCUAAUAGAUGGGCAUUGGCGCCUAUAAAUGGAUCUAAGGUUUUUGAUUCCAGCUAGAGGAGUGCUUUUCAAGGGGGGGGAACUGGUUCAACCCAAGACAUGAAGUAUAAAUCAAGCCCAUUCUCAGGAGCAUUGGACCUGGGGACACACUGCAGGGUUCGACUCUUGAGUCAAAACAAAUCAGUCAUCUUGCACUAGGGCUGUUGG